AUGGAACGCUCUGCGAGUCCACAGACGCGCGAACGAGAAUUGCAAUCACGCAUUGACUGGCUGAGCCAGCUUGUUAAUGAAACACUCCCCGCCGGUAGAUCGGUGGAAGACAUCGAGACUGGGCGAGAUAUGGCCUUGGGUACCCCGAUGCAGUCUCCCUCACUUGAUGCUAGUGAAAUAGAGCCCAGUGAGAGUGCUUUUGAGGAAAUCCAUACUUCCAAAGCCGAGGAAGACGGGCCCAUUUCCGUUACAGCAGGUCGCAAAUGCUUGCAGGCCUACUUCCGACACGUUCAUCGGACAUACCCAUUUCUUGACAGCGAACUCGUUCUUCGAGAUUUCGAAACACUUGCCAAUAAAGAAGCAGACGAUGGCCUUCUCCCCCGGUCGGCUGUGCCCACCCGCCUCUACAUGAUAAUGGCCAUCGGCUUCACAAGCCUGCAGCGGGCUGGAGAAGUGCAAAGCAUCGAGGAACGGGAUUUCCAGCCGUGUCUCAAAAGAGUGCUCUGCGAGUGUGUCUGCCAAGUGAAUGAGCAAUCAGUGGGCACCUUGCUCCUCCUCGGCUUGUAUCUCCUCUUCGUACCCUGCGACCAGGACCCUCGAGCCAUUACCGGUGUUCUGACCAGUCAUGCUCUAGCAGUCGGACUGAUGAACGAAACUCCUACCAAUCAGAGCCUCUCGCCUCGGGUACUUGAGCUACGUCGUCGGCUGGGUUGGUCAGUGUAUGUGUUCACUCGCAUGGUCAGCAUAUCGUAUGGGCUUCUAUUUGCCUUCCCUGACAGUAUAAUGCGGAUACCGCUGCCAAGCAUUAUGAUACACGAAUAUGGUUCCGAAGAAGGACAUCAGUACGCGAUAGCGCUACAAGUCAGCCGGCAUGUGAUUUCUCUACGACGACUCGAAACACGCAUUGUCAAUGCCAUUUACGAUCCACAUCCUUCUAUGCGUCCGCAGGACCUACGCCUCCAAAUUGAAGAUUGGUAUACACAGGGCUGUCUACUAUCAAGUUCUACUUUAUCAGAACAGGAUCAGCUUCCCUUUCAUACUACCAUAACAUGGCUCAAUGUCCGCUACCAAAACUUGCUUCUUCUGUUGUACACUCCUGCACAGGGAGACACAACUGAAGAAAACCUGGCGAGCCUCAAGACUGCUGCGCAGCAGUACAUACAGCUGAGUCUAAUCCUGCAUGAACACCGACAUCUACCCAUGAAUUGGAUUACCCUCUGUCGCCUCCUUUCAUUAGCAGCAAUUUUCCUUUACUGUACUGCUCGGUGGGCAGCCUUUGACGACAUUCCGGAGAUUGAUCUCCUCGUGACGCUGUUUGAACUAUUUCCUUCCUCUUGGCAUGCUGCACAUGAAGCCUCUCGGAUUUUGAGGCGCCUCGCGGAUAUUACAACAAAGCAAAAGAGUCCCUUAAUUCCAUGCAGACAAUUAUCUGGGUCUUCUGUGAUGCCUAAUUCGAGUCUGGAUACUGAAUUGGGACUGCAAUCAAUCCAGGAUGACUUGGCUGUAUUGCUGAGGCAAACCAUGGGCGAGGCAAGCUUUUACAUCUGGCCUCUGAGGUCCAAAGUGACAGAGAGACGAGUUUCUCAAUCUCUCACUAUGCAUAGCUUCAAUUUCCUGCCUGAUAGUGGAAAUUUCGCUACUCGCGUUGGUAUUGGGAGUCCGGCAGAUAACAAUAUGGGUGAGACCGCAUUCGAGACGCAUUGGAUGAACCUUCUGGGUGGCGUAGGAUCUGAUAUGCUCUGA